CGGCCGUGGGCUUGGCCACACUGAGAAGUUUCAUUAGCAGGCCCGGUUGAGUCCUGUCGGCAGCUGUCCCGCCGAUGACGUGUCCAGAUAACUUCAAGAAAUGCAUUGAAUGUCGCGAAACGACCCCUCCAACUCUAGAGAUAGGAAACGUGAAUCACCUCGAAUUUAUUGACACGCGCUAGAACCUUGGGGCAAGUCGCGCAUUGUUUCUGGAGAUGGACCCUUUCACGCAGGUAUUUCGUUACGUAUUAGUUGUGUACUCGCAGGUGAGACUAGUCAGAACUAGGAAUUUGCAACUGCCGUUGCGAAUAUCUUGUCGCAGAUUAGGUUGCACGUGGGAAAGAGCAGAAGGCUUCUGAGCGUUUGAGGAAUAGAAGUUACAACAGAAGUCUGCAGAAAUUUCAUAAUAAAAAUAAGACAGAACAUAAUAGUUAUACUGUAAAUAAGGUAACAUGUACUAAACCAGAAUUUAUGACUGAAAGGGAAGCAGCAAGAGAGAUUCACUUCACAAAAAUAGAUAUAGAAACGGUGAGAGUCAUGAAUUCAUUUCUUCACAAAGCACUUGGUAGUGCACUUCUAAAUAGUUGUGAUGAUGAUGAUGAAAAUGAAAUAAAUGAUAAUUUUAUUGAAAAGAAACCUGUAUUUGAUGAAAGUAGAUCAGCAAAUGGCACUGAAUAUCCAUUCCAUACUCUCUGUGGAUACCGUGCAAUAACUCAGGAAAGACGAAAAGGAAGACCACCUGUUCCAUCGAUUACUUUUUAUGUACAGGAAUUAAAACAAUCUGAGAGGGAAAGAAUAUUGAAGUAUGUUGAAACUUUGCAAGAUGAAGUAUCUUCACAAAAGAAUAUCCUCCAGCAAGUAACAAAAGCACUGUCUUAUUGUUGCUCAUCAGAACUCUCCAGAUUAUCUCCUCAAAGGGUAGAUCAACCACUAUACCCUCAAGGACAUAAUGAAGAGUCAUUUGUGUGGGUUUUGUGCUUACUAUCUUACGAGGAUAAAGUCAUGGCAACUGAAGCAAAGUUACUGAAGAAGGACCAAACUGUGAAAUUUCAGAAUACAUUUACUUUUAAUAAUCUACUUAAUAACUUCAAAAUUAAUAUCCAGCUGUUUACUUUACAUCUCAAAAAAGUAAACAGUAUGCCAAAACAGUAUUUAAAGAAACUACUGCCUAACAUGUCUUCACGAUCUCGAAGGUUAAAUUCUUCUCAUUUAUUAAUGGACUCUCCAAUCUUUACUAGGCAGGCUAUUUUUAAAACACCUGACUUUGUUCUGAAAAAUUCAUUCGUUAUAGAACUGGACAAUUUGAACUCUUCAUAUAUUUCACAGGAAUUUCCAUACGGACAAAUGCAAAUGACACUGAACUGGGAUGUUGAAUCAAAAGUUGAGAUAUCGGGGUUCUUGACAGUUAGAGAAGACUUUGGAGAAUAUCACACUUGGGAACGAAGAUGGUGUUUCUUGGAAGCUUGCAUCCUCAAAUGCUGGAAUUAUCCUUCUGACAGAGAAAAUAUGCCUCCAUUGAAAGUGUGGGACUUAAGACACUGUGUAUCUGCAAAAGUAGAAGCCCUGGACAAAUCUAUUUGCACAAGACCCAAAUCAUUCCUUUUGGAAAUGAUUUUGAAGAGAGGUGAAAACAAUCAAAUGAGUGAAAUGCUACAUUCAGAGAAGCAAACAGUGAAGUACCUGUUCUCUACAGAUACAAGCAAGGACCUACAGCAGUGGUGUAUGGUCCCAAGCCUGCAGCAAAUCACAAUUUUUUGCCUCAGUAAAAAGUGACAUAAUUUUCAAAGAAUGUGUUAUUUAAAUUUCAGUAAUUGAUAAUGAAAGGCCUCUCUCUUCAUGAACUCAGUUGCUCAUUCUCUGGGGGAAUAAAUUGCACUUAUUGAAUAAAAGUGUAUAUAAUUAUAGUUUUAAUGUUUGUAAAUAAUAAUGUAUUAUUGUUCUUUUAAACAAAUAUGAAAAUUAUGAAAGUGUAUUGUAAUAAAAUGAAAUAAAAUAAAAUGAACGAACAGAAAAGAAAAAAAAAAAAAAUUGUAAAAAUUCUGAAUUGAA